AUCACUUCACCUCUGAGCAUGACUCCAGUCUGGACAAUUAUUUUAUUUCUCAACACAAUACCUCCAGCUCAAACUGUGGAAUUUUCCAGACCAUCAUUUCUCUCAGUGACGUCUGGAGAACGUGUUACUCUUAACUGCCCAUUUGGAGACAUUCGUAAGACUGAUAGUGUUGUUUGGUACAAACAAAUCUUUGGAGAAAUGCCUCAGAAAGUGGGAGAAAAAUUAUUGUAUAAGGAUAUUAACAUGUCUCCUGAGUUCAAGACUUCAGGAUAUAAAAUGGAGAUGACUGAUCAUGGCAUGUCUCUGACAAUUUCCAGUAUAAAAAAAGAAUAUAGAGGAUUUUACUACUGUGGAAGAUUUAUGUUGGAGAAUGUUACACUAUCAAAUGGAACUUUCUUGGAGGUAGCAGGUAAUGAAGAUGUAAAUGUCACAGUGAGGCAGCAUAGAGUGUUAGACCCGGUUCCUGCAGGAGCCUCAGUGACUCUGCAGUGCUCGGUUCUCUCUGAGAGCAGAGCAGCAGAACUCCAGGUGCUCUGGUUCAGAGCUGCUCCACCACAAUCCCAUCCUCAAAUCAUUUACACUCAUCACAACAGCAGCCAUCAGUGUGAGAGCGGCUCUUCUACACACACCUGUGUGUACACCUUCACCAAGAACAUCCUCAGCCUCAAUGAUACUGGAACUUACUACUGCGCUGUGGCCCUGUGUGGGAAGAUCAUAUUUGGAAAUGGGACACAAGUACAGCUGGAGAACUUUUCAGAAUAUGUAAGAACUUUGAGUCCUGCAGUGAUCUACCUCACAGUAGCUGUGGCUGUGUGUGUGGUUGUGAUCUUCACUCAAGCUUUCAUAAUCUAUAAAAUAAGAAAUUCUGACCAAUCCACAGUGAGACAUCAACAAAAUUCAAUGGUAGAGAAAACACCCAAUCAGGGACACGGUGCAGCGGAGCUGAAUUACUCUGCGUUACAUUUUAAUAAAAAAUCCAAAAGAGUGACAAGGAAGAGAGACCAAGCUGCAAACUGUGUUUAUUCUGAAGUGUUGUGUACAACUUAGAGUACUAUUAAUGUCUGUCACACAUCUUUGGUCCAGUUUCUUGUGUUUCUUACUAAAGCAGUGUUAAAGUUUUGCUUGUAAUCAGAUGUGUUUCUGUGACACAGUACACUUGAUGUGAAAAAAAAGAGUUAAAAAUGAGUUUGC